CCCUCCGCCUGGCGAGGGAUGGGACAAUGCGGUGUUGGUGUCUGCAGUAUUCCGACUCCUGGACACCGGUGGCUGCAAGCUGCGAUUUUGGCGUCCUCUCAUUUCCUAUCCUUAUCUUCGCUCGCGGCUGCCUUGGCCAGCCACCUUUUGAUUUUUUAUCUGGUCAUUGAUCAAUACAACGAACCUAAGGAAAUACAGGACAUUAAUACCCCACUGCCAGCUCUGGCCCAGGGCUUGUACCGCGCAGCGGGCUGCAGAAACUUAGUCAUAGCACCCUUUGUCGCUGAGGUCUGAAGCUCGCUGCACGUUCUCAUCCCUGGGAACGUGACCCCAGCGUCCGACGCCAAGAUGCCGGCCCACAUACUGCAAGAGAUCUCUGGCUCUUACUCAGCCACGACCACAAUCACAGCGCCACCUUCUGGGGGACAGCAGAAUGGAGGAGAGAAGUUUGAAAAGAACCCUCACCACUGGGGAGCAGAUGUUCGCCCUGAAAUAAAAGAUGAUCUAUAUGACCCCAGCUACCAGGAUGAGGAGGGGCCCCCGCCCAAGCUGGAGUACGUCUGGAGGAACAUCAUCCUCAUGGCCCUGCUGCACGUGGGAGCCCUGUACGGGAUCACACUGGUUCCCUCCUGCAAGGUCUACACCUGCCUCUUCGCGUAUUUGUACUACGUAAUCAGUGCCCUGGGCAUCACUGCUGGGGCUCAUCGCCUGUGGAGCCACAGAACUUACAAGGCGCGGCUGCCCCUGAGGCUCUUCCUCAUCAUUGCCAACACCAUGGCAUUCCAGAACGAUGUGUAUGAAUGGGCCCGCGAUCACCGUGCCCACCACAAGUUCUCAGAAACACACGCUGACCCUCACAAUUCCCGCCGUGGCUUCUUCUUCUCUCACGUGGGUUGGCUGCUUGUGCGCAAACACCCGGCUGUCAAAGAGAAGGGCGGAAAACUGGACAUGUCUGACCUAAAGGCUGAGAAGCUGGUGAUGUUCCAGAGGAGGUACUACAAGCCUGGCCUCCUGCUGAUGUGCUUCAUCCUGCCCACUCUGGUGCCCUGGUAUUGCUGGGGUGAGACUUUUGUCAACAGCUUGUGUGUUAGCACCUUCCUGCGAUAUGCUGUGGUGCUCAAUGCCACGUGGCUGGUGAACAGUGCUGCCCACCUCUAUGGAUAUCGCCCCUACGACAAGAACAUUAGCUCUCGGGAGAACAUCCUCGUUUCGAUGGGAGCUGUGGGCGAGGGCUUCCACAACUACCAUCACGCCUUCCCCUACGAUUACUCUGCCAGUGAGUACCGCUGGCACAUCAACUUCACCACAUUCUUCAUCGACUGCAUGGCUGUCCUGGGCCUGGCUUACGACCGGAAGAGAGUGUCCAAGGCUGCUGUCUUAGCCAGGAUUAAGAGAACUGGAGACGGGAGCUGCAAGAGCGGUUGAGUGUGGGGUCUUCCGGUUCCUGUUCCAGAAGCCAGCUUGGCAGAGGCUUCCUGUUCUGUUAAUUAACUACUGAGUAUUGCUACCCAGAUGCUAAAAUGAUGACGUUAACCCAUUCUGGUACAGUAUUGUAAAACGGACAAAAAUCGGAAGUCAACAGCUCAUCCUUUCGAUGCUAAGCUCAUCUUCCCUUCUAUUUUCUUUUCCUGUUGUUUUUUUCUUCUUUGCUUUGUCCCUGAUGACCUCGUUUCUCAUUGCUUCCCCCAAGCCGGCAGCCACUCAGCCACCUUCCAGAGUAUACCAACUUUUCAAGGGUCUACAGUAAAGGUUUGUGCCCCACCCCCAGCUCUUCUCUGAGUUAGAGAUACAAGAAAGAACUUGAGAGAUUUCUCCUGUUAUUUUUAGCCCAGGCUUUGCCAGAUGGAAUGGGAGGAAAAAUAGUUUUCAUUUGGCAGGGAGCUUAUAAAGCAGGUAAAUCUUCAGGGGCCACAUUCAACAUGCAGGCUGUGAGUCAUCAAAGCUGUGGAAGAGGGGGAUCUCUUGUGAAUAGGCUCAGCUCUGGCAGAGGUACGGCAGCUUUUUAACGCAGCGUGCCUCCUCUCCUAAUUCUGAGUAGGUGGCAACCAUGGGACUUCGUGACACUAAAAUAUGGUAACACAUCACUAUCUCAGUGUAGUUUAGGCUGAAGAUUUUAAAAAAAUAAUAGUAAAGUGAAAAACAAUUUAUUAGGAAAAGUGGUCUUUACUCAAAUUAGGAUUUUCUUUUCCUUUAAUAACAAGGACCUGGGGCCAGGCAUGGUGGCUUGUGUUUUAAAUCACAGCUCUUGAGAGGCAGACGCAGGUGGAUCUCUGAGUUCAAAGCCAGCCAGGACUAGAUAGUGAGACCUUGUCUCAAACUAAAAAACAACAAUUAGCAGGUCAUGCAGAGCAAGGGAUCUUCAAGUGAGGCGUGUUUGGAAUCCAUGAGGGCCAUUGCUCACGGUUUUGAGUGUCCUGUGAGCUGCACCCCCAGAUUCUUAGAAUUCCUGUUCUUCCAUCUUCAAGAUGCUGGUCGCUCCCAUAAAUUAAGGAUAGCUGUGGCGUUUCCAUACAUCCAACCAUGGAAGCAUUUUAAGAGUUGAGCUUGAGUCAGAGUUAAAACUGAAAAGACAGAAAGUCUGUCCUGGAUCCUACAAACACUCAGCGCUUCCCUCUGAAAAAGAUGCUUAACACCUUCUUCCUCCCGCUGCCACUGUUGGGCAGUGGACGGGCAAGUUGGAAGUCACUGUAGGCAGCUCCUAGUAACUUCCCAAAGGAAAGCUUGCUAGGGACUCCACGGCUUUGGGGCACUCUAGGGGAGCAGGUUAGGUUUUGGUUCCCUUGAGUCCCGCUGCUGUUUGUGGUAAGGCGUUCCCCUGCAGUAUUGACUCAUGCCUGGCUAGCCCUGUGACCAGGCAGGACCCUGCCUGGGACACACGGCUGAAAUCUCUCAGCUCUACCACAUCUGCCUCUACAUUUCCCCUACCCAUUUUUUGUGUGUUGGGAUGGUUUUUUGUUUGUUUGUUUGUUUUGUUUUUUAUAUUUUUUUUCCUCUUUGACAUUUAGUCUUGCUCUAGGCAGAAACAUCCUGGAUAUU